CAAACGUCAAUGUCAAAGAUCCUAAUUAAAAAGAGGAUAAAUUUAACCUUACUUUAAAUUCUAAAAACAUUGAAUCGAAUAAACAUUUAACACAUUUAAUGUAAUGAUUAUACAUUAUGGUUCAAUUAACCACAAGAAUAUUUGGUAAAAUAAGGCAAUCGACGAGACAAUACUUAAAGCAAAGUUUUCGUGACAAUUUACGAGUGUAUGUCCAAGGGGGCGCCGGAGGAAACGGUUACCCCAAAUUUGGUGGCGUGGGAGGUAAAGGAGGCGAUGUAAUCGGAGUAGCAAAAGAAAAUUAUAAUUUAGAAGAUGUGUACAAAGCUAACAAAAGCAAACGGUAUAUGGCCAAAGGGGGCCGUCAUUCGACGCACAAUUUCAUUUUAGGCACGCCCGGGGAGGACCUCAAAUUCGACUUGCCCGUUGGGGUUAUCGUUGUGACUGACAUGGGGAAAAAAUUAGGAGAACUCAACGAGGUCGGCGAGGAAUUAGUAUUGGCCAAAGGGGGCACAGGGGGUCACGAGAAAAACGGCUUUUUAGGUACCAAAGGUCAAGCCUACCCGGUGAGACUCGAUUUGAAAUUAAUUGCCGAUAUAGGCCUAGUAGGCUUCCCGAACGCCGGCAAAAGUACCAUUUUAAAAGCCGUAUCCCACGCUAAACCUAAAGUAGCCAGUUACCCUUUUACAACUAUAAAACCUAACGUCGGAAUUCUACAAUACAAAGAUCACAGGCAUAUAUCUAUGGCUGAUUUACCGGGGCUCAUCGAAGGGGCACACAUUAACAAAGGAAUGGGUCACGAAUUUUUAAAACACGUCGAAAGAACUAAGAUGAUUCUUUUCGUAGUGGAUAUUAAUGGUUUCCAAUUGAGUCCUCAAUAUCCGCACAGGACGUGUUUAGAGAACGUUAUUCUUUUAAUAAAGGAACUGGAAUUGUAUAAUAAAGAUUUACUAGCAAAACCUGUGAUGCUGGUGGUUAAUAAAAUGGAUACAGAAGGAGCACUUGAUAAAUACAAUGCUGUUAAAGGGCAAUUAAAAAAUCUACAAAGUAUAUUAUCAGAUUUCCCAGAGGAAGUAAGGCCAGAAACUCCAGUAAAAUUCUACGAAAUAAUACCAAUGUCCGCAAGGGACAGUCUGGAAAACGUAGAUUAUUUAAAACAAAGAUUAAGAGACAUGCUGGACGUGAUAGCGGAGCAACAGAAAGAAAACGAACCGGAAAUCGAAGAUCUCAAACAUUUAAAAGAGAAAGGACCCGUCAAAAUAUAAUUCAAACAAAUAUAUUAUAGAAUAAAAUGUUUUACUUUAUAGUCGUGCCUGUAUAAAUUCCUAACGGUAA